UAGUGCUUGAGAAGGUAGUUUGGGAAGGGCUUUUUGUUUUAUUUUGUUUUGUAUUCGUUUUAACUUUGGUUUGAGGGGAUCGGGAACUUGAGGGAGGCGAUAGUUAUUAGACUCCAGGCCAGACUGGUAGAUGACAGACGUGUUCCUUCCACAGCCGCGAGGAGGGGCUGUCUGGCCAUUUGCCUGCUUCUAUGUUCCUUGCUUAAGUGUACCUCAGAUAACAGCAGAUAAUCACCAGGAUGGGAGUGAAUGACUUGUGGCAAAUUUUGGAGCCUGUAAAACAACAUAUCCACCUGCAGAAUCUUAGUGGGAAAACUAUUGCUGUUGAUUUGAGCCUCUGGGUAUGUGAGGCACAGACAGUGAAGAAAAUGAUUGGAACUGUCGUGAAACCCCACCUCAGGAACCUAUUUUUUCGUAUUUCGUACUUAAUUCAAAUGAAUGUAAAACUGGUGUUUGUAAUGGAAGGAGAGCCACCAAAGCUGAAAGCUGAUGUCAUAAGCAAGAGGACUCAGACGCGUUAUGGGCCUUCUGGAAAACCAUGCUCUCAGAAGACAGGGAGAUCACAUUUUAAGUCAGUCUUACGAGAGUGCCUUGAGAUGCUAGAGUGCCUAGGCAUCCCCUGGGUCCAGGCUGCUGGGGAAGCCGAAGCCAUGUGUGCUUACCUUAAUGCCAGUGGCCAUGUGGAUGGCUGCCUCACCAAUGAUGGUGAUGCCUUCCUUUAUGGAGCCCAGAUGGUCUAUAGGAAUUUCACUAUGAACACAAAGGAUCCACAUGUUGACUGUUACACGGCAUCAUCUAUCAAGAGUAAGCUAGGCUUGGAUCGGGAUGCCCUGGUUGGUCUGGCAGUACUUCUUGGCUGUGAUUAUCUUCCAAAGGGAGUGCCUGGAGUUGGAAAAGAACAAGCAUUAAAACUGCUGCGGAUUUUGAAAGGUCAAAGUUUGCUUCAGAGGUUUAACCAGUGGAUUGAAGAACCUUGCUCCUCUAUUCCACAACCAGCAGCUAAAAAUGUGGCUCACUGCUCUGUGUGUUCCCAUCCAGGUUCGCCUAAGGAUCAUGAACGUAAUGGAUGCACAUUUUGUAAAAGUGACAGAUACUGUGAACCACAUGAUUAUGAAUACCUCUGUCCUUGUGAAUGGCACCAGACAAAACAUAAUAGGCAACUAAAUGAAAUAGAAAACAAUAUUAAAAAGAAAGCUUGCAGUUGCAAGGGAUUUCCAUUCCAUGAGGUCAUUCAAGAAUUCCUUUUGAAUAAGGAUAAAAUGUUGAAACCUAUCAGGUACCAAAGACCUGAUUUAUUAUUGUUUCAGAGGUUUACUGUUCAAAAAAUGGAGUGGCCUAGUCACUAUGCAUGUGAGAAGUUGUUGGUGCUUUUGACUCGCUAUGACAUGACAGAAAGAAAACUUGGGAGAAAGAACUCUGGUCAACUACAGCCAAUUAGAAUUGUUAGGCCACGAAUCAGAAAUAGAGUUCGUUGUCUUGAAAUAGAAUGGGAAAAGCCUGAACAUUAUGCUAUGGAAGACACAGAGGCUGGAGAACUGGAUCUCCUUACUGUUGAAGAAGCAUCACUAUUUGAAGCAGCCUAUCCUGAGGUCGUUGCUAUCUACCAGAAACAACAGUCAGAAACUCAAGGGAAGAAACAGAAGAGUAAGAAAGUUAAGCCUAAAGGAAACAGUUUACUAGAAUUGGAUAAUGUAGUCAGUUCUCAGUCACUUAUGACUUUAAAACCAGAUCCUGUUUUACCACAGGAAUCUACUUUUCCCUCACUGAGUAGUUUAGUUUUCCCUGAAAGUGCUCCCUGUUUGAAUUUGCAAGAACAUUUACUGCCUUCUCCAAGACAUUUGACUGGAAAGCAAACUAAAGAUGUCAGUAGUUUUCUAGUUGCAGAAUGCAGUCAGCCCAGAUCUUCAUCCCACAAUAUUUCUGAGAUUGCUAAUCUAGAGUUGAGUACCAUUGACUGGGAAGGUACUUCUUUUAGUAAUUCUCCAGCUGUUCAAAGAAACUCUUUGUCCCAAGUUUUACAAUCAGAACUUGAGUCAUCAUCCAUCCUUCCUGGCUUUGAAAAUACCCCAGAACAAUGCACCACAAACAAUGAAGUGCUGGGUAGAGAUCUUCAAAAGAUUAGUCCUGAAGAACAUCUUCUUUCUGGCAUCACUGGUUUAUAUCUUCAAGAUUUGCCUCUAAAAGAACGAAUACAUCUAAAGUCCUCAUGCCCUCAGUAUAAUGUGCAAACAGACACUAACCUGGAAAGUUUGCCCCUAAAAGUGAAAAGCUCUUGUAUUACUGACUGUAGCUCUGGUUGCUUAUCAAAUUUCUCAAAGAAAUUUCCAGGAAUAUAUCUGCACAAAGAGUCCAAAAACUUGAAAGUAUUAGACAACCAAUUCCUGCAAGAAAAUUCUACAGUGAAUACUUCCAUACCCUACUCUUUUAAUGACAAAGCAGUAGAGACCUCCAGUCUUCAAGUUGGGCACCCAAAUACUGCUGCACCUUAUAAUCCAAAAGUUGAUGAGAAAACUACAAAGAACCUUGUGAAGAAGAGUGUUUGCCUCAAGAGAGAUUCUUCCGAUGAAGAAAGUUCUCCAGUGUCCUGGAAAACUAAGUAUACUGCUCCAAAAAUGAAACACAGUUCUCAGAAGCAUAGCCUAGCCCAGGUCAGAGAUAAACCCAGAAAUCCGAAAGUAGAUACUAAAGAAACCAAACCAUGCACAAAGUCUUAUACAACAGCAGAAGAUGAAGAAAACUCAUUCUCAGAUCCAGCGAAAAGAACUCAGAGUUUUCUCCAAUAUCAUAAGAAAGAUGAGGACUCUGCUGCCUGCUUGGAAAGUCCUCUUCCUUUAUGCCAGAGGUUAAAACUCAGGUUCCAGAACACUUGAAGUGGAUUUUAUAAUACUUAAUGUAUUUGAAUGUUGUCAGCAUUAGCAGAAGCCAAGCAAUGCUGUCAGGUUUAUGUUUGGUAGGAAAUUUACAUGAUUAUGUGCCAUUUUAAACAAAAUGUCCUUUAAAAUGUUAGCAGCCAUGCCUAUGAUCACAGCACUUAGGAGGUGGAUGGAGUCUAGAAGAACAGGAGUUCAACAUCAUCCUCUGGUCUAUGGAGAGUUUUAGGCCAAUCUUAGUUAUCUAAGGAAGAAAAAAUUAAAACUUUGAUUACAAAGUUGCUUUUUUAUGACAAAAUAUGGUGAUUUUGAUUACAAAAUAUGAUGACAGCUUCAAAUAAUGUAUUUUUAGGACAUAUUUUACCAUUCUUGAAAUGUGUUUACUGAUUAUUGUCUAACUUUAACAUAUUAGUGUAUUCUUUGAUAGAGUAAAUGCACUAUCAUUUUUAGUUUUUCUUAUGUAAGCCUCUAAAGCAUUGUUACAGUCUAGCUUAUUCCCAAGAGGGUAACACUUUGUAAUUGUAUUGCAGUGUCUUCAUGGCCUUUCCUAAUGGCUAUAUUUUCUCUUCAUGUUGAAGUACCAUUAGCAUGCUCUUCCACUUUUGGUAAUGUUAUGUUUGAGAAGUGAAAAUGGAAGAAGACAAUGAUGUGGAGUAAAGUAUGUUUGUAAAGUGUGGAGAAGAAAAGUUAUUCCUUAUAGACAUCAGGUCAGGCACUGCAAGUGGAAAAUGUUUUUAAAAUCAUGUAUAAAAUCACAUGAAGCUUAUUCAGAUCACAUAGUUAAUAAUAGUAACUGUGUGAGUCCCACCUUUGCUUUCUAAUUUGGAUCUUAUAUUGUUUAUUUUUCUGUCUUGUUUUUAAUCUGUAAAACUGUUCCCUUUUGCUUUAAAAAUUAGUUUGUAUGUUAUAUUGACUUUAAUCUCUACAAAUACUAAGUCUUACAUAAAUUGUUCUCAAAAAUUCUAGAAGCAGCUGGACUUUAAAAGAGAUGUACAAUUUCUUGUAAAUGACUGGAGCCUGAAAGUAGAUCUUAAUGGAUCCAUAAAAAAGUGCUUUAAUCCCAGCACUUGGAAGGCAGAGGUAGGUGCAUCACUGAAUUCGGGGCUGGCCUGGUAAGCAGAGCUAGUUCCAGAGUAGCCAAAUGCUACACAGAAACCCUGUUACCAGGAAAAAUAAAAAUAAAAAACCAACCUAUUAAAAAUGGUCAGUUGCUCUUUAGCCAGUAUAAAGACAAUUCAAUGGGAAGAAAGUCUCAAUAAAUGCAGGAACUUUUGGCUGUUCAAAUUAAGAACAUGAGUUCAUCCAGGUUGUAAAAUCCACAAUUAGUUUACUCUUGUGUACUAACUAUACACUGUAUGAACAUGAAAUUUCACCAAAUGAAGAUUAAAAUUAUUCCGUUUACAAAAGCAAGAACACAACAAAGUGAACACAACAAAGAUGGCAAAACUUCGAGUUAACAGUGAAAAGAAGUGGAUGAAAGGAAAGAAAAUAGACAUGAAAAGAGACAUCUCAGAAUCAUGGGUCAGAAGAAAGCAUGGCCAUCUGUUUAAACUGUUCACUUUUGCCAAGUGAUGCUGGUAUACACCUCUAAUCCCAGCACUCCUUCAGCAGGGACAGCGAAUCUAUGAGUUCCAGGACAGCCAAGCACAGAGAAAACCUAAACAGAGAAACCCUUUCUGAAAUAACUAAAUACAUAAAUAAAUAAGCUGUUCUGUUUCACUCUAAUCCCA